AUGGCUUUAUUUGGGAAAUUGGUUGCGGCUGAUCAAGGGGAGAAACGAUCCAAACCAUUGCAGCUUCCUCCGAUCAAUAACGCACAAGUCUUUGAUGAGAGAAUGUUGGUGGGAAGAGUACUCAAUCCUGAGAUCCAGGAGAGUCUUGUGAAGGCUCUGGUUGCUUUCUUAUCGUCUAUGUGGAAGUGUGAGGGUCGUGUGCACGGGAUAGAGAUGGAAAGAGGAAGGUUCCACUUCCGGUGUGAGGAGGAAUGUGUCCUUCAAUCGGUUCUUGAUAAUAGGCCAUACCCCUUUGAUGGAUGA